AUGGCCGGGAGUCAGGACAUGUUCGACGCCAUCGUGAUGGCGGAUGAGAGGUUUCACGGGGAAGGUUAUCAGGAAGGCUAUGAAGAAGGAAUUAGUUUGGGUUUGAUUGAAGGAAGACGGUAUGGCACGCUACAUGGAGCUAAAAUCGGAUCUGAGAUCGGGUGCUACCAAGGUUUUGCUUUUGCCUGGAGGUGUCUCCUGCAUGGCUGCGCCACUGAGAAAGACAGCAAAAAGAUGAAGGUCUUAGAAUCGUUGAUUGGAAUGAUUCAGAAAUUCCCUUAUGAUGACCCUACUUAUGAUAAACUUCAUGAAGACUUAGACAGAAUUAGAGGGAAAUUUAAGCAGCUUUGUUCAUUACUAAACGUGCGGCCCGACUUUAAAAUUAGCGCAGAAGGUUCCGGACUUUCAUUUUGA